CGAAAAUCUCGCGACAGGUGGCACUGGAUACCAUCGGCUAAGCCGUUUCUGCCCCAUUCUACCAAGUAGACUUCUUGUGUAUUCGGAUGCCCAGCUUUGAAGUCUUCGCAAGCCUACCAAGUUGCCUAAACGUCGUUUCAGCACCCCCAUUCUUCGACUGGAGAGAGCUUCAGUUCAUACUUUUCUCUCACAUCCAUUCGGUUCAGAAGACUCACCCCAAAGUAUACCCAACCUGUCGCCAAGAUGCUCGCCCUUCCUCAGCAUGAGCACUCGUCCUCGGACUUCACCAUGACCGUCUUGGGAUGCGGGACCAUGGGCAUCGCCAUUCUCAAUGGCAUCCUCACAUCGCUUGCCGAGCUCAAUGGCCCCAAGCCCCUGCAGACACCCACCUCUGGCACGUCGACCCCGUCAGAGGAGCUUCCGCCUUCGCUGCCCUCGCGCUUCAUUGCCUGCGUGCGCAGUGCCGAGAGCGCUAAGCGCGUCAAGUCCACUCUGUGGGAGCACUCGUCCGUCGUCAAGGUCGUGCAAAACGACAACAUUGCAGCCGUCCAGCAGGCUCAGGUCGUCCUCCUCGGCUGCAAGCCUUACAUGGUCAAAGACGUCCUGGGCCAGCCCGGCAUGGCCAAGGCCCUGCACGGAAAGCUCCUCAUUAGCGUCUGCGCAGGCAUUACCGUCGAGCACAUGGAAGUUGCUCUGCACGGCGCCGUGUCGUCCAAGGACCCGGAGGAGGAUGGCCGCUGCAGAAUCGUCCGCGCCAUGUGCAACACCGCUGCCCUCAUCCGUGAAUCCAUGACCGUCAUCGGCACGUCAACCCCGCCUCUGCCCCCAGCCACCAAGGCCCUCGUAACCUGGAUCUUCAAGCGCAUCGGCGACGUUGUCUACCUUCCCGCAGGGAACAUGGACGCUUCGACCGCUCUGUGCGGUUCCGGCCCCGCCAUUUUCGCCCUCAUGCUCGAGGCCGCCAUCGACGGCGCCGUCGCCAUGGGCUUGCCCCGCGCCGAGGCGCAGAGGAUGGCCGUCCAGUCCAUGAGGGGAACGACAGGCCUAGUGCAGUCGGGCGAGCAUCCUGCCAUUCUGAGAGAGAAGGUUUGCACACCGGGCGGCUGCACCAUUGGCGGGCUGCUUGUCCUAGAGGAUGGCGGCGUUCGGGGUACCGUCUCGAGAGCCUUCCGUGAGGCCACCUGCAUCGCCAGUCAGCUUGGAGAGGGCGUCAAGAAUGUGAACGGUACCAGGCCUGGCCCUGCUCCAAGCAGCCAGUAAAGUGCAUACAUAACAGCAGCUGUGUCGCGAUGUUGAUGGGGGAAGAGAGCCUCGCAUAACUUGAGUGGCAGAACAGAGGUACGAAAAAUGCUCCUCCGGCCGGCGAUGCCGUUGAUAUUUGUGGCUGGACAUAUUACGAAGGACAUGAAGAGGAGAAAGAGGAUCCGGGCAUCUGGCCCGGUUUAUAGACAAGUACACAUGAUCUUACACCC